GUUGUACUGCUCCUCUUGACAUUCCUCUCAUACCUCCACCCGGUCACGGUCCUCCCGCAGGGGGGUGUGCUUGAAUCCAAAAGGCAACAGAGAGCUUUAAAAAUUGCUAAACACGACGUAAUGCAAAUAAAUAAUGCUCUUGGAGCAACCGUGCAGCCAAAGUGUGGGGAGGACAGCUUGUUUAGAUGCUGCCGAGUGUGAGGAAGAGGAGGAGGAGGCGCGGUCUGAAUAGACAGAAGUGGGCGCGCUGUUGGGCCGUCCUAGUCUGUCUUGAGAACGUAGCUGAACGCAGCAGCCCCCGUCUGCGAACCGGACCGGACGAGCCGCUUUCCCAUCUUCCCUGUCCGGAUUGUUCCAUUGUAUGAGAGGAGGAACGGCGGCGAGCGCGCAGGGGAAUGGAGAAGCACAAAGUGCUGGACCAGCUCCUGAUGGAGUUGCACCGCUUCAUGGUCCUCUUGGACCGGGAGAACCUGAGUGGAAACGCCACCAUCCAGAAGGGUUUGCUGGCUGAACUGCUGCAGACCUACAGAACCUUAAACGGUGCAGAUGAGGAGUAUAUCUAUAUGAACAAAGUCGUCGUUGGCGGAAACAAGGACAAAGAUGAAUUAUCAAAACUGGAGGUCAAUGGAAAAGCAGCGAAACAUGUUCCCGUCCCGCAGAAGAGCCUUCCUGACCUGCCGCCCCCCAGAAUUGGUGUGGUGAGCCGGGAGCCGUUCCCUUUGCCUGCUAUUCCGUCUCCAGCCACCGUCGAGAGUUACUAUGAGGAGGCUCAGCCCUAUGAAGAAACUGCAAACGAUGAUGGAGAGGCAGUAAGCAGUUCAUACGAGUCGUACGACGAGGAGGAGGUAACCCGAGGGAAAUCGGCCCAGCACCAGUGGCCGUCGUCGGAGGCUUCGAUCGAGCUGAUGAAGGACGCUCGCAUCUGCGCCUUCCUGUGGAGGAAGAAGUGGCUCGGCCAGUGGGGCAAACAGCUGUGCGUCAUCAAAGAGCAUCGGCUGCUGUGCUAUAAGAGCUCCAAGGAGCAGACCCCCCUGCUGGAUGUGAGUCUGCUGGGCUGCAGCGUGAUCUACAAAGAGAAGCAGCUAAAAAGAAAAGAGCACAAACUGAAGAUCAUGCCGGUGGGAGGAGAGGCCAUUGUACUGGGCCUUCAAAGCAAAGAGCAGGCAGAACAGUGGCUAAAGGUUAUUCAAGAAAUCAGUCCCAAACCAGCAGAGAUCUGGGAUCCCAAUCAGUUUUCACCCGAUUCUUCGAAGCUUAUUUGCACUAAGGGGGAGCUGGGCGAGAGACACUCGCUGGCCUCAGAGAGCGGCAGCAGCACGGACAGCCACGCCGACGCUCUAGAAAACAAAGAUGUGAAGAAAAAAUACGGCGCAGGUUUGAUGUUCAGCAACUUGAGGAACAUCGGAAAAAAGAAAAACCCCUCGCUCGAGAGCCCUGAGAAAUGCAUUGAGACCUCAGGGUACCUCAACGUGCUGGUGAACAGUCAGUGGCGGCCCUGCUGGUGCCUGAUCAAGAACAGGCAGCUGUGGUGUUACCAGGACAAAGGAAAAAGCAAACUGAGCCAGCCAGCCGUCCCCCUAGAGGGCUGCAGCGUUUUGCCUGAUCCCAACCCCGAGCACCUCUACUCCUUCAGGAUCGACAUGGACGGGACACAGCUGGCAACCCUGGAGGCAAAGACAUCAGCAGAUAUGGGUCACUGGCUAGGCCUCUUGCUAUCUCAGACGGGGACCAAAACGGAACCAGAAGACCUGACGUAUGACUAUGUGAACUCCGAGAGGAUCUCCAGCAUCGUAAAUGCUGCAAAGACUUCCCUUUACUUGAUGCUAAGGAGGUAUUCAGAACCGAACACGUAUAUAGACACGAUGCCUUCCAUUUCGCAAAACUCUGAGGAGCUUUACGAUGAUGUGGCCUCUUUAGCUGACUCCGAGGAUACUAAGGAGAACAAUCCACCAAACUUGCAGGACGGCAACCUCCAGGAGUGCUUACAGGAUUCCAACAGCGGAAAGGAAGCAGAAGACGACCGAAUCUACAUCGAUCUCCUCCCUGUGCGCUCCUUCCUGCAUCCACCCGGUGGAGCUGUCCCAGCCAAGGAACCCCUGAGCAACUCACCUGUUCCUGUGGACAACCUGACAGAACCCCCCUGUCACAUCAAAGAGGUGGUUUCGGUGGACCUUCCUGAACCAGCGUCAACUUCUGUGUUAAACGGCCCAACUUCACCUACUGCCCCCAGCAAACUAGAACAGACUUUGCUCCAGGUCACCACCUCCCCACAGCCACACACCCAGCAGGGCAGGAACUCCCCUCAGAGUCAGGAACUCCCCAGGAAAAGCAGCUUGGAAAUCCCUAAGGCCUUCAUCUCCUCAGUGGCAGAUAUCCAUAAGGGUCCUUCGUUCCUUCACAGCCCUCAACCUGCACGGCCUAAGGCACAUACAAUAGGGAGUCUUUGCACCUUCGAGGUCAAACUUGGCAAGAAUCGCACCGAGGCCGACAUGCUGCGCUACACAGGCGAGCGGGACCGCCUGGAAAAGGAGAGGGAGGAGGUGAAGAGCUGCCUGGCACAACUGAAAAAGGAAAGGAGGGAGGCGAAAGAAGAACUCUCUGGUUGUCAAGAUCCUAAGGAGCAAGCCCUGCUGGAGGCCCGCGUCAAGGAGAAGGAGGUGGCGUGUCGGGGGGCAGAGAGCCGCAGGGUGGAGGUGGAGCUGCGGUUGAUGGAAGUGAAGGAAAGCUUGAAGAAAGUGGAGGCGGGGCCUUUUACACUGGGAACCACAUUAGACAGCAGCCUUCAGGACCCCCCAACAGUGAAAAUCACAACUUCGGAAAACGUUAACUCGACUAAGACUUCAACGAUGCCCAGUCUUCCUCAGCCAACAUCACCACCAGCACCACCACCAUCAUCAUCAUCCACCACCAUCUUCAUCAGCAUCACAAGCCCAGCCUCUGCGGUCAACUCGGCCUCUGCUCUUAAAAACAGACCAGCCUCCAUCGUGGCGCCGAAGGGAAACGUCUUGCAGAAAGCAAAGGAAUGGGAGAAAAAAUCCACCAACUAAGUGAACCUCAAAAUUCCUCACCACAUCCAUGCUGUACAGUUAAAUUAUCUCCUCACAGACUCUGAUCCACAUCUCCCCCAGGCUUAAAAAAAACUUUUUUUCCCAACACCACUGGAUAUUCUUCACUUUUGUGCCUCUUUGCAAAAAAAAAACAAAAAAAAAAACUUGAUCUGGUAGCAAUUUGUAAUGUUUUCUACUUUUUUUUUGCAAGCAACCAAACAUUUAAAAACAGAAUUCUGCAGCAAACUUGCCUCCCUUUGGCUUACUAAACACUUUAGAUUGUAGCUUGGUUCAUGUACGCCGGUAGCCAAGAUGUGAAUAUCAUUACUCGUUUAUUCAGCCGUUUGGUUUCUAUUUCUAGCUGUAAAAAAAGCACUUUUUUUAUUCAAAUAAAAAUAUACUGAAAAA